CAUUGCGCUCGUAUCUUCAAAGACCAAAAGAUGGGCGGGAGCAUCGUCAUGAUCGCGUCAAUGACUGGCCAGAUCGCAAAUCGCGGAUUAACCUGCACCGCCUACAAUUCAUCGAAGGCUGCUGUCCAGAUGUGCCGAUCUGUUGCGCAGGAGUGGGGCCAGUAUAACAUCCGCAUCAAUACCCUCUCUGCUGGAUAUAUACGCACUGCAAUGACCGACGGCUUGCUGCAAGAAAAACCAGAUCUCGAGGAGACUUGGAUGCGUGGUGCCUUGCUUGGCCGCCUGGGUGCGCCUGAGGACUUCAAGGCGCCCACUGUAUUCAUGCUCGCCGAUGGCUCAGCUUGGAUGACUGGUGUCGAUCUUCGUGUAGAUGGUGGUCACUGUGCCUCAGCAUAG